CAGGUGAUCUCCAAAAAUGGUUCGCUAUUCACUUGACCCAGAAAACCCCACAAAGUCAUGCAAAUCAAGAGGCUCAAAUCUUCGUGUUCACUUUAAGAACACUCGUGAAACUGCCCAGGCCAUCAAAGGUAUGCAUAUCCGAAAAGCUACCAAGUAUCUGAAGGAUGUCACCUUGCAGAAGCAGUGUGUGCCAUUCCGUCGCUACAAUGGUGGAGUUGGUAGGUGUGCCCAGGCCAAACAGUGGGGAUGGACACAGGGUCGGUGGCCCAAAAAGAGUGCUGAAUUUUUACUGCACAUGCUUAAAAAUGCAGAGAGUAAUGCUGAGCUUAAGGGUUUAGAUGUAGAUUCUCUGGUCAUUGAGCAUAUCCAGGUGAACAAAGCCCCCAAGAUGCGGCGCAGAACUUACAGAGCUCAUGGUCGGAUCAACCCAUAUAUGAGCUCUCCCUGCCACAUUGAAAUGAUCCUUACUGAAAAAGAGCAGAUUGUGCCUAAACCAGAAGAGGAAGUUGCACAGAAGAAAAAGAUAUCCCAGAAGAAACUCAAGAAACAGAAACUUAUGGCCCGGGAUUAAAUUCAGCAUAAGAUAAAUGCAAAUAAAAGUAAAAGAAUGUU